CUUUUUCUCUUCUGUUAGUUUUGAUUUUGAAGCGAUCUCUUUCUCUUUGAGGUAGACGAUGGAGGCGGAGCUGAAAGAGCUAUUCGAGGCGGCCAAGAAAGCGGCAGACGCUGCGGCUGUUGACGGCGCCGGUGCAGAUUCUUCUCCGGAGGAAGAUCGUUGUAUAGACGCCUUGAAAGCCCUUAAAAAAUUCCCUGUUAACUAUCAAGUUCUCGUUUCCACGCAGGUGGGGAAGCGGCUUCGCCAACUAACAAAACACCCCAGAAAGAAGAUUCAGUCAUUAGCUGCUGAAAUGGUUGAGAUAUGGAAAAACAUAAUCGUUGAAGAAACAUUAAAGAACAAGAAGAACGGAAGUUCAGACAUCAUAAAAUCUGAAAAUGGAGCAGAGGCUUCCAACAAGAAAAUCCAGAAAUCAAACUCCAUCAAGAUCGAGAACGUCUCAAAGACUGAAAGUAUCAAGAUUGAGAAACAUGUUCAUAGCAGCACGCAAGACAAAAAAGUCAACAUUCUUAAGGUUGAAAAGCAAGAACACACUGUCAGUGUCACCAAAGAAGAAAACAUGCGACCAAAACCAAAUAAUGUCAUGGCCCCACCAAAACUAACUUCCCUUGUUUACUGCAAGGAUCCUGUACGAGACAAAAUCCGUGAGCUUCUUUCAGAGGCAUUAUGCAAAGUUUCUGGUGAAGUUGAAGAUGAAUUAAGAGAUGAAGUGGAAGCUUCAGAUCCUUACAGAGUCGCUGUGUCAGUGGAGUCUGCAAUGUUUGAAAAAUGGGGGAGAUCAAAUGGGGCACAAAAGUUCAAAUACAGAUCGAUCAUGUUCAAUAUUAAAGAUCCUAAAAACCCUGAUUUCAGAAGGAAAGUGUUGCUUGGGCAUGUGAAACCAGAAAGGGUUCUUGAACUGACACCUGAAGAGAUGGCGAGCACUGAAAGACAAAUGGAGAAUGUGAAAAUAAAAGAGAAAGCUUUAAUGGAGUGUGAACGUGGGGCCCCACCAAAAGCCACCACAGAUCAGUUCAGAUGUGGGAGAUGUGGGAAACGGAAGUGCACUUAUUACCAGUUGCAGACUCGGAGUGCUGAUGAACCCAUGACCACUUUUGUCACCUGUGUAAACUGCGAUAAUCACUGGAAGUUCUGUUAAUGGAAUCAGCCAUUUGUCAGAAGUGUAGGGCCUUAAGUGGACUUGUCAAUUACGCACGGAAGGUGUUCGAUAAAAGUCCUUGAGGUUCGAUAAAGAUCAUGGGGUUAAUAAUGAUGCUGUGUACGUGUGUGUGUGUGUAUAGAUGAAGUUACUCGGUGGAAGGGUUGCAUGACUUGCAUCUAUCUAAAAAAACAUUACUAAAUAAAAAAUUCAAUACUAUUUCUUUAUUAAGUAAUCGGAGCCAUGGUAUGCACUAGAUUUUAUUGCAUGUUUUAAAACACUGUUUCCAAAUAGGAAGUGACAUACAAAUACAAUUAUGUAAUGAUACAUGUAAAAGUUUGGUGAUCCAUGCAUUACAUUUUUAGGCACAAUGAUGAUGUUGUUUAUCCUUGAUUGCUUGAAACAUUUGUGAGCUCUUGUAGAAAAUUCCUGCUCUUCUUUUAUAAUCCAUUGGUUCUUUUCCAUCAUCUUCCCCCAUGAUCGCUUCCAUCUCCAUUAACUCAACCUCUUCAUUUACAUUGUCAUCUUCUUUGCUUUCCUCCACAGCCCUAUCCCAUUUGUCUUCACUCGUCUCCUCCUUUCGUUUGCUCGCUGGCCUCAUCUUCCAAUCUCCUCCACCACUCUUCACACGCCCCUUCUGUCGCCGGAAACCUUGCCGGAGGUUCAACCUCCGGUGGUGUUUUCCUGGUUGAGAAACGAAGUUUGAGAUUUGUAGCUGUGGGGGCUGGGGUGCAUGCAGGCUGGAGAUACAAACACAAGCCUCCAUCUGAG